AGUUGAAUCUUAAAAUAAAUGAAUAAAUAAAUAACAAUAAUAAUUAAAAAAAAAACCUCAGAAUGAAAAGGACUUUUAAUUGAUCCUCAUUGUAGAGGUGGAUCUAAAAUUUUUAAAAAUUUGUUAAAGCUAUUUGAUUUUGCAAAAAAAAUCAACAAAUAUAGAUACUUAAAUCAGACGCAGAAAAAGCGAGUGCAUUCAGUAUGAGUAGAGGUAUUGAAUUCCGUCACAAAACAAAUCGGACAAAUUAUAUGAAAAACCAAGUAGAAGAAGAAGAAUAAAUCAUCAGAAACUUGGAUCAAUGCAUCAGAGCAGACACCUUGGGUGUCUCAGACGACCGUCGUGAGAAUUAUUAAUCCAAUCUCAUCACCUGAUUCUGCUUCUGCUUCUGCUUCUACUCUUUUCUACGAGAAAUUAACAAACGCAGAUGAAAUAAAUUUUGAAAAAAUUUAAAGAGAAAUGACGCCGACAAUCGACCGGAGAUUUCCAGCGAAAGACAAAGUAAAAGCCUUGGUGCUUGAACGGCCAUUUAAAGCGGUGAUGGAGUUAGAUAGAUCUGGCCUUCGAUUAGGCCUUUCCGCCCUCAGUUUUAUCAGUCGACUGCUGGCGAUUAAUCCUAACACGUCGGCGAAAAAUCAUCGGGUUUGGCAACCGUCCGGCUACUUCGAAGCCUGUCUGCCUGAAGCUAAGAAGUCAUGUGAUCUGAUUUCCCAUGGUACGCUUCACCUCAGCUCCAUCACCCCCUCAAUCACUUUCCCGACGGAAUCAAGUUAUCUCUUCCUCUAACUGAUUGAUUCUUGUCUGAGAUGGUUUGAAAAUUUUUGGUACUAGAUCAAUGUGUUUUAGUUCCUACUUUACUUCCUACCCUUAGUGCGCUGCAUCUAUGUAAUUCGAUUGUUUCAAGUAAAUCGUCUUCUUCUGC